AACAGUUCACAGACAACACAAGACUAAGACUACAAGUGGAUGCCACUCGAAUACUUACAAAAUCCUAAGUUCACUCUCUACCCGAGAUUCUGUUUCUCCCACCCGCCUCCCCUUGCGUCUGUAUGAAAACCAUCGUGUCUCCUCCCAACGGAGUCUGCUAUGGAGGUCGAACCUCUCAACUCCACCACUAAUCCUGCUUUUUCCUUCAUCAAUCACAACGAGUUUCGGCUCGAGGAGGAGCCACCGGUGCCGCAGGAAGUGGCUGUUCAAAUGGCCAAGAACGAAGCUCAACGGAGGGACAACGGAGCGCCGGUCAGUCCCGUACAUGCUCCCGCGCGAUCGCCGUCGGGUGCCGCUGCUAUGAAAGUUCAGAAGGUUUAUCGGAGCUACCGUACCCGGCGCAUGUUAGCUGACUCCGCUGUGGUUGCUGAAGAACUGUGGUGGCAAGUGCUGGAUUUUGCACAAUUAAACCAGAGCACAAUCUCGUUUUUCAACUUCUUGAAGCCAGAGACAGCUGUGUCGCGGUGGAAUCGUGUCGGUUUGAAUGCUUCCAAGGUAGGGAAGGGCUUGUCUAAAGAUGCCAAGGCGCAAAAGUUGGCUUUCCAGCACUGGAUUGAAGCUAUUGAUCCGCGGCAUCGCUAUGGGCACAACUUGCAUUUUUAUUAUGAAGAGUGGUGUAAGACUAAUUCUGGUCAGCCUUUCUUCUACUGGUUGGACCUUGGAGAUGGCAAAGAGGUUGACCUUAAAGAGUGUCCAAGAUCAAAGCUUCGUCGACAAUGUAUCAAGUAUCUUGGGCCGCAAGAGCGAGAACAUUACGAAUUCGUGGUCGUUGAUGGGAAGAUACUGCACAAAGUCACAGGGAGACCUCUUGAUACGACCAAAGGAUUACCGGGAUCUAAAUGGAUCUUUGUCAUGAGUACCUCUAAGAAACUCUACACUGGAGAGAAAAAGAAAGGAUUGUUCCACCAUUCCAGCUUCCUGGCUGGAGGGGCUACUUUAGCUGCUGGAAGGCUCAUGGCAGAAGAUGGAGUACUUAAGUGUAUCUCAGCUUACAGUGGACACUAUAAGCCAACUGACGAUAGUCUCGACAGCUUUUUAUCAUUUCUCAAGGAAAAUGGAGUUAACCUGGUUGAAGUGGAGAUACAAAAGGUAAAUGAAGACUAUGAUGCCAAUGAAAGUGGAAAAUUGGCUGAGGAUGGAUCUAUGUCUGAAGUUCCGCCAGCAUCAGAUUCUUCACCAUGCGAUCUUCCCAGUGAAAAGGAAGAACCGUCUUCAGAGAAACCUGAAACUUCUCAACCGAAAACUAUAACCGAGUACAAAAGGACACUCUCUGGUGGUCUUCAGAGUCCCAGAGCAGAUGUCCCGAAGACAGUAAUACUGCAAAGGAUCAACUCCAAGAAGGCUGCAAAAUCAUAUCAAUUAGGCCAUAAACUCUCCAUCAAAUGGUCUACUGGAGCUGGCCCCAGAAUCGGCUGUGUUGCUGACUACCCUGUAGAGUUGAGGUUGCAAGCAUUGGAAUUCACGAACGUCUCUCCACGAGCAUGUGCUCCGGUGUCAACCCCCAGGCCAAUCACUACUCUCGAUUCUCCUGCUUCUCCAUCACAUCUCAGCAACGAAGGCCUCACAACUUCCUGAGUUUCAAAGCUCUCCAAAUGCUUUCUAGGAACUGAAUCCAAGUAGUUGAGAGUAUUUAUGUAGAAAAUUGCUUUCAGGGAGUAGAAAUGUAGGCCUCAAUUUCUACUAUAAACUAUGUGGGAGGUGAAAUCCUGAUGAUCACUAGUUGACAUGAUCAAGUAUAGCAAUCUUUGAAUACGGGUUUUCGGCUUUCUGAAUGGAGAGUGGAGUUUGAGCAGUGGUCUAGUGUUUGUGCAUGUAGGUCAGAAUGUGGAGAAUAAAGAUGAAGGUUAAAUUACAAUUAUCGGAUAAUUAUAAAUAUCUCCUUAAUCUUUGGCAA